CACACACCAAAUGGUUCCCGUCGCCACCUCGGCGGCGAUGGGUUGCCCAAUCCAAAACUUGUCAGCUGCUAAUACUUCAUCUGAAGAGCAAUAUAUAAGCUCGGAGGAGAGAGCGUGGGCUCACUGGAGGAAAUUGAAGCAGCCGAAGCUUAUAGUAGCGCCAAUGUACGAGGGAUCGGAGCUUCCGUUUCGAAUGCUAUGUCGGAAGUACGGCGCCGAAGCUGCUUAUACACCUAUGCUUCACUCUCGCAACUUUGCAGAGAGCCAAAAGUAUCGCUCCAGAGAAUUUAGCACCUGUAAGGAAGAUCGUCCGCUAUUUGUCCAAUUCUGUGGAAAUGAUCCAGAUAUCUUAUUAGAAGCAGCAUAUCAAGUGGAAUCCUAUUGUGAUUAUGUUGAUAUUAACUUGGGAUGUCCUCAACGUAUCGCCAGCAGAGGAAACUAUGGUGCAUUCCUUAUGGACGAUCUUCCGCUAGUUGAAUCUCUCGUCAAAAAACUAGCCACCAACCUUUCUGUUCCCGUAUCCUGCAAAAUCCGCUUAUUUCCCGUACUUCAAGACACGAUAAACUACGUCAAAUUGUUAGAGGAUGCUGGUUGCUCACUAAUAGCUGUCCAUGGCCGAACAAGAACCGAAAGAACCAGCGAACGGGCCAAUUGGGACGCCAUUAAAUCCAUCAAAUCCGCCGUCAAAAUUCCGGUUCUCGCAAACGGAAACGUUCGUCACAUGGACGACGUUCAGAACUGCUUGGAAACUACGGGUGCCGAAGGGGUACUUUCAGCAGAGUCUCUCCUCGAUAAUCCGGCAUUGUUUGCCGGAUUCCGAGGCGGCGAAUGGGUGGUCGAUGGCGAUGAUGGGUUUGAAGACGGGAAAUUGGACCGAGGACAGUUGGUGGUGGAGUACUUGAAGCUUUGCGAGAAGCAUCCGGUUCGAUGGGGUAUUGUAGUUUCUCAUGUUUAUGGCAUGUUGAGGGAAUGGUUGGAGAUGCAUCCGGACGUAAGAGACGAUUUUAAUAACGAAAAGAAUUUGAGUUUCGAGUAUUUAUACAGUAUGGUUGAUCGGCUCCGGGCUCGUGGCGUUUACUUUCCUCUUUACGUCAAGACUCGAACGUAAACUUGGUAUUUUUUUUCGAGUUUACGAUGUAUAUUUGUAUUACUGAGGAGGUUUCGAAAACAAAUCAUACAUUUAUGAACCUUACAAUCCAAUCAAUUGAGAUAUUAAUGGAAAUACUGAGGGUUUAUUUACU